AUGCCCGCCCCCACCCCUGCCCCACUGCCCCUGAUUCAGAAGUUGCUUUCAGCUUCUGCCCCUGGAGCAUUUAUGCUUGACCCUGGAGUUCACAGACAGGAGCUAAAUAUAGGCAAUAAACAAAAGCCCACUGAAAUUUCUGUUGCCAACAUUUACCUGAUGUAUUCUUUGGACAUCAAGUCAGGCCUGACCAAGCAUUCCCCAUUAAAACCCAUUUGCCAGCAGUUUUCUAUUAGAACAGUGUCAGUUUCCAAAAAAGGGAAGACUCGUGUGGCAGCACGGCAGGCCUCUUACGGAGGAGACAGACAGCUGGAAGUCCUACUGUCUCCUCUUCGUGGUUCUCCAGUGUCCGAGAACGCCAGCUGCCCUUCAGAGAAGGUGGGAGGCGAGGAGAAGCCGGUCGGUGCUGGUGAAGAGAAGCGAAAGGAAGAAGGCAAGAAGAAGAGCAAAGACGGCUCUGGAGGAGGUCGAGCUGAGUUGAAUCCUUGGCCUGAAUAUAUUAACAUGCGUCUUGAGAUGUAUAAUAAACUGAAAGCAGAGCACGACGCCAUUCUGGCCGAAAAAGCAGAGAAGGACAGCAAGCCGAGUACAGUCACCCUGCCCGGCGGCAAACAGGUCGAUGCGGAGUCCUGGAAAACGACGCCAUAUCACAGUGCUUGUGGAAUUAGUCAAGGCCUGGCUGACAAAGUGAACAAUGUCGUCUGGGACCUCGACCGUCCUCUGGAGGAAGAUUGUACUUUGGAACUUCUCAAGUUUGAAGAUGAGGAGGCUCAGGCAGUAUCCUGGCACUCGAGUGCUCCCAUAAUGGGUGAAGCCGUGGACAGAAUCCAUGGUGGAUGUUUGUGUUAUGGUCCACCAUUAGAGGGUGGAUUCGAUUAUGACAUGUACCUUGAAGAAGGGGGUGUGUCCAGUAAUGAUUUCUCUUCUUUAGAGACUUUAUGUAAGAAAAUCAUUAAAGAAAAACAAGCUUUUGAAAGAUUGGAAGUGAAGAAGGAAACUUUAUUGGAAAUGUUUAAGUACAACAAGUUCAAAUGCUGGACGUUGAAUGAACAAGUGAAUACCCCGACUUCCACAGCCUAUGGGUGCGGCCCCUUGGUAGAGCUCUGCCGGGGUCCUCACGUCAGACACACCGGCAAAAUUAAGGCUUUGAAAAUACACCAAAAUUCCUCCACCUACUGGGAAGGGAAAGCAGAUAUGGAGACUCUCCAGAGAACUUAUGGCAUUUCAUUCCCAGAUCCUAAAAUGCUGAAAGAGUGGGAGAAGUUCCAAGAAGAAGCUAAAAACCGAGAUCAUAGGAAAAUUGGGAAGGACCAAGAACCCUAUUUCUUCCAUGAACUCAGCCCUGGAAGUUGCUUUUUCCUGCCGAAGGGAGCGUACAUUUAUAAUACACGUAUUGAAUUCAUCAGGAGGGAAUAUAGGAAACGAGGGUUCCAGGAGGUGGUUACCCCAAACAUCUACAACAGCCGACUGUGGGUGACCCCGGGCCACUGGCAACACUGCAGUGCGAACAUGUUCUCCUUCCAGGUGGAGAAAGAGCAGUUUGCUCUGAAACCCACGAACUGCCCGGGACACUGCCUUAUGUUUGACCAUCGCCCGAGAUCCUGGCGAGAGCUGCCGCUGCGGUUGGCCGACUUCGGGGUGCUUCACAGGAAUGAGCUGUCGGGGGCACUCACAGGCCUCACCCGGGUGCGGAGGUUCCAGCAGCACGAUGCUCACCUCUUCUGCGCCAUGGAGCAGAUUGAGGAUGAAAUAAAAGGUUGUUUGGAUUUUCUGCGUACAGUAUAUAGCAUAUUUGGAUUUUCUUUCAAAUUGAACCUGUCUACUCGCCCGGAAAAAUUCCUUGGAGAUAUUGAAGUCUGGAAUCAAGCUGAGAAGCGACUUGAAAACAGUCUGAAUGAAUUUGGUGAAAAGUGGGAGUUAAACCCUGGAGAUGGAGCUUUCUAUGGUCCAAAGAUUGACAUACAGAUUAAAGACGCCAUCGGUCGGUACCACCAGUGUGCAACCAUCCAGCUGGAUUUUCAGCUGCCCCUCACAUUCAAUCCUACUUUUGUAAGCCAUGAUGGUGAUGAUAAAAAAAGGCCAGUGAUUGUCCACCGAGCCAUCUUGGGAUCAGUAGAAAGAAUGAUUGCUAUCCUCACUGAAAACUAUGGGGGCAAAUGGCCCUUCUGGCUGUCUCCUCGCCAGGUCAUGGUAGCUCCCGUGGGACCAACAUGUGAUGAAUAGGCCCCAAAGGUACGGCAACAAUCCCAUGAUGCUACAUUCAUGGCGGACAUUGAUCUGGAUCCGGGCUGUACAAUAAAUAAGAAGAUCAGAAAUGCACAGUUAGCACAGUAUAACUUCAUCCUAGUUGUCGGCGAGAAAGAGAAGACCCGCGGCACGAACAUCCGCACGAGAGACAAUAAGGUGCACGGAGAGCGCACCGCGUCUGAAACCAUCGCGCGGCGGCAGCAGCUCCAGCAGUCCCGCAGCGAACAGGCCGAAGAAGAAUUUUAAUGAAGAACUUGGCCGCGACUGGCUCGGUGGAAAAGGAAGAGCAGUGUUUCCAUAAUGUCCACUUUGUGUCCUGGAAAAAAUGUUAAUUUAUACUGAACUUGGAAUAGUCUGGCAGAGCCUGCCUAGGUGACUGCCAGGGAUGCAUGUGUUUUGACCUGCACACGUUUUAGAUACUGUGUAUCUGAAAGAGGUAAUUAAAAGAGACACAUUAAAAUGAUUUUAUUCCUUAAUUAUCCGAGCACUGGAAAUCAGCCAUGAAGAAUGCUUCAGUGUGAUGAGGGAGAA